AUGCCUCCACCAAUUCCGCCAAGGGACUACGGAAGACAGCAGAUAGCGGCCCGAGGGGGUCCAAAGGCCUCGAACGACCUGUUUCGCCCCAUCUCGUGCGAGCCCCCGGCCCUGCCCUCCGGAUCUGUCCAUCCGGUCCCGCUCCCCAGGUUCUACAAGCAGGACAAGCCAAUCCAGACAAACAACUUCUAUGGCAACCUGCUGGUCGGCGAACAGACGCUUCCAGUGUGGACACAUCCAUACAGCGUGUGGUACAGCAAGGAUCCGGGCUUUAUCGGGCUCGGGAUUUCGCACACCGACAACUCUCAGAAAGUGUUUGGCGAUGACCCAAAUGCCAACCCCGUCAAGUACUUCUUCAAUCCGGUUGGCAUUUGCUCUUUGCUGUUGACCUCGCAGCAACUCCAGCGUGGCCACGAGCUGCUAGUCGGCGAGUGUGAGCGGUUUAGCUGCGGUGUCAAGUUCACCUGCUCCAACGGAAGCAUGUCCAGCAAGCUGGUGCAGGGCAUGGGUUUUGUGACGGCACUUUACGAUAAUGUCAGCCCUAUGAUCAAGAGCAAAGUCGGGAUACAGAGCUUCCAGCAGAGGGGAGCCUCCAGACUCAGGAAGUAUGUUGCUACGCUGUUUGACCAGACCAACUGGGUGAUCUACUCCUCGGCAGACCUGCAACUAGCAGACCCGAACACUGUGGUUGGAACCGUGCCAGGAAUCGUGCAAGUCGCCAAACUCAGCGGCGACGAGCGACCGUACGACGCGGCGGCAGGCGCUUACGUGGUUGACAUGACGCUUUCAGGCAGCGUUGAUGGAGCCGGAAGAUAUUGUUUCGAGUACAAGUUGGAGGGUAGCUCUGCCAGCGGCAAGACCAUCCAAUGGGCUCUUCCGCACCAGUAUACCGCCUUCGACCAGUCAACUGCUUCGGAGGCCGUCAGCAUGGUUCUGGACUCCACAUGCAAGGGCCCGAUGAAAGCCUAUUUGACGACGCGCUUUGUCAUGGAGGAGCAGCUGCCCCCGGCAGAGCUCCAAUUUGAGCCGUGGUCUCAGCUGCACGGCUUCACAGGCUAUUCUCAAGACAAGCUUGACCGCAUUAGACAAAUUGCGAACGAGGAGGUCGACUCAUUUGAUGUUGUCAAUGCCUCCAACACAGACUCCAUGUACACUGCGGGCAAAAUCCUGGACAAAGGCGCAUUCAUGCUAUAUGUGGUGGCAUUUAUUCUGAAGGACGCCGGGCUCGCCAGAAAACAGCUCGGCAAGAUGAAAUGCGCUUUCCAUAGAUUUGUGUCCAACCAGCAGCAGGCUCCCUUGGUCUACGAGACCAAUUGGAAAGGUGUGGUAUCUACCGGCGGUCUGAGCGACGGGAACUUCUACGUUGACUUUGGAAACUGUUUCUACAACGACCAUCACUUCCACUACGGGUACCAUAUCCACGCAGCAGCUCUCGUGGCUCUGGCUGAUAGAUUUUAUGGGGACAACUCUUUCCUCAAUUUCUCAAAAGCCUGGAUUGAGACACUGAUCAGAGACGUUGCCAACCCAAGCAGCGAAGACCCUUAUUUCCCGGUGUUCCGGUCUUUUGACUUUUUCAACGGCCACAGCUUUGCAAACGGUCUCUUUGCACACGGAGAUGGAAAAGACGAAGAGAGUAGCAGCGAGGAUUACCACUGCUACUACGGGAUAAAGCUCUGGGGUGUGGUUACCGGAAACAGCCGGCUGGACAAUUUGGCGUGCCUCAUCUUGGGGAUUGAAAAACGAGCCAUGAACAUGUACAUGCUGUACAGAUCGGACAAUACUGUGGUUCCUGCAAACUUCAAGGCCAACAAAGUGUCGGGUAUACUCUUUGAAAACAAGAUCGACCAUGCCACGUACUUCGGCAUGAACAAAGAGUACAUUCACGGCAUCCACAUGCUUCCAAUCACUCCGAUUUCGUCCUAUAUCCGGGAUCCGCAGUUUGUCCAAGAAGAAUGGAACGAGCAGCUGAGCUCUGUGGUUGGUAGCCUGGACGACGGCUGGAAAGGCAUAUUGAUGCUGAACAGGGCGUUGUUCGACCCAAAAUCAUCGUACGAGUUUUUUUCAGCCCCAGAUUUCCAAUACAAAUGGCUCGACAAUGGAAUGUCUCGUCUCUGGGCUGUCGCAUUCGCUGCGGGCGUCGGGGGUUGA